AUGAAUGACUCUUGUAAUACAGAUGAAUUUUCAAACGCAGUAAAGAAGCUCUUGAGUGUAACACCAAUCAUAUAUUUUGAUUAUCUUGUGAAUCCUAUCGCAUUCCUACUCUUGUUUAAUGAAGUAGAUGGUCUAUUCUCAAGGAUUUUAAAGUCACUAGAAGACAAUAUCGCAAACAUUUUAAAGUUCUCAUCAAUGUGUAUUAUAGAUUCCUCUCCAAGCGGAAAAGUAAAACAAACACUACUAGUUUUACGUUUACAAGAACUGUUAUUUACCUUGUCAAAUCUUAUGGAUAGAUUCCACUAUGCGCAUGACCUCAGCCAUCUUGACAAUGCCAUAGGGCUGAUACAUCGUACGCUUGAUAAAAGGUUUUAUUCGUGGUCACUUCUACAUUAUAAAGCCAUACGACGUGGUAUAGUAGUAUUCUUAAAAAUUGUCUUGUUGGCUAUAAUAAAUCAUGCUUUGAUACCAGUCAUGAUUAGGAUGAUUACCGGAAAACUAAGCAAUGCUUUUUCAAAAUCCAUAGUCUCAGUACUAACAGAUAACAUCAAUAUAAAAAUUGGUAUAUAA